AUGAAUGGUCUUUUUCACUCAAGGAGAAACUUUAACAUCGCCCGACUUAAUGACAUACUCAUAAGCCACAAAUGCAAAGGGAACAAUGUAAAAGAAUUGUACUGUAAGAAAUUAUCCUUCAGCACAAAAAACAGUGAGUAUAACAGUAAUGGCAACACCUUAAAUUAUAAAUCUUCUAAAAAAGGAAACGAUGAAAAACAUACCAAUCUUUUUUCAAAUAUGCAAUACAAGGCAAUUAAUUCACAACCAAAACGAAAUUUAAGUGUUUUUGGCUACAACAGAGGAAAACUAUUCGUAAGCAUAAAGAAAGAUUUUACAAGCUUUGUUGUAAACUCGUUAAUCAUAUUCGUUUUUCUAUAUUCACUUUUUACAUUGGCACCCAAAGAAACUAUUUCGCAAAGAAGAAAAAGAAUUAUUACGGAAAGACUGAUGAAAGAAUAUGACAUUUCUGCAAAUGAUCUUGAAAUGAUUGAACAACUUGACGAAAUAGCUGAAGAAUAA